AUGUUUGCGGAUUUUAAUCUUUUCUUCUGUCUAAUUCGUGAUGGUUAUGAACGCCGUGAAACAAUGAAAAAUCAAUUUGAACAAGCUUUUAAUUCAUUUCGCUUUCUUCGUGGUUUGCCCUUUGCAAUUGAACAAAGUAAUCGCUUCUCUGAUUCUUCUGUUUAUUCUGACAGACAUAGCAUGACAAAUUCUGAAGUUUUGGAUCCUCUACUUGAACAGGUUUUUUUUGACAAAAUAAUUUUUUUAACCAAGAAACAGAUGCUCGAUAACGUUAUGAGGGAUUAUAUUGAUUCUUGGUACAAUACACAAUUGACAUCUGACAAAUUAUUUAGAGAAUCAUUGAAGAGAACGGCGAGAAGGACGAUUAUUGCUUUGAGAACGUGGUUGGUUUAUUUUUUAGAAAAUAAUGUAAGAGUAUUUGGUGGGUUAUUUUUAAGGUUGAGUAAGGUGUUGUUGGGUUUUUGUGAUGGGGAAUCUGAAGGGUUCGAGACUUCUGUUUGA